GCUGUUCCUCCCUCCCACCCUCCCUGCUAGCCUGGUAUAUAUGCAGUACGGCCGUCAGCGAGAGACAGAAGGUAUCCAAGCCGAGAUGAAGCAGUUCAUAGUAGCCAUCGUGUUCAUCGGGGUGCUGGCCCUGUGCGCGGCCCUUCCUGCACCAGAGCCCCUCCCAGUGGCCCUCCCUGAAGCCCUGCCAGAGCCUCAAUUUCCCGGCUUCCGCGGAAAUAUAUUUGGAGGAAGGUUUGGAGGUCGAGGAGUAGGAGGGAGGUUUGGAGGUCGAGGAGGAGGAAGGUUUGGAGGUCGAGGAAGAGGAAGAUUUGGAUUUCGAGGAGGAAGGUUUGGAGGUGGAAGAGGAAUUUUUGGCUGACAUGGUUUCGGUCACGGCGGUGGUGCUCCCCACGCCCACAUUUCUCUUGGACAAGGCGGCCUCAACCUACUCGUCCACGACCACUAACACUCCCUGAUUGCGACUCUAUAUAGUACUAUGACUCUAUAUAUACGUCUACCUACCACUGAUUCUUGUCUAUACGUCUGUUUCUAAUGAAUGAAAAAAAUAUCUUGAA